GUGAGUAAGUGAGUGAGGGGAGUUUAUGGAGGCUCUGGCGGCAGCGGCAGGUGUAGAGCUGUAGAGCGGGGUGAGUGGAGGCGCUGCGCGGGCCGGGAGUAGAGAGAGGCGGGGUGGAGGAGCGGUGGAGGAGCCGCGGGGCUCGGCUGGGGACUGGAGCUGCUGACAUGCUGCCGCUCUCUCUCUCCCUCCCACUUUUCGUCCCUUCUCCCCAAACCAGGAAAUCACCGCGCCGCCGCCGCUGAGGGCGGAUUCAGGAGCCUCUCGUCCAUUUUGUAGCGGCGUGUUUCCACUUUCUGGAGCUUCAGGAGCGGAUCCGCGGGGCGGCGGAGCGGCCGGGGUCGAGCCAUGAGCGAGUCCAGUAUAUGUCAGGCUCGUGCUACAGUAAUGAUUUAUGAUGAUGGAGGGAAGAAAUGGAUUCCGGCGGGUACCGGCCCGCAGUCCUUCAGCAGAGUCCAGAUCUACCACAAUCCCGGCACCAACGCAUUCAGGGUGGUGGGCCGCAAGAUGCAGACUGACCAACAGGUGGUGAUAAAUUGUCCAAUCGUGAAAGGGCUGAAAUAUAACCAGGCCACACCAAAUUUCCACCAGUGGCGGGACGCGCGGCAGGUCUGGGGUUUGAACUUUGGCAGUAAGGAGGAUGCUGCACUUUUCGCUAACGGCAUGCUGCACGCGCUGGAGGUGCUCAACUCCAUGCCCGACUCUGGAUACUCCACUCUCCCUCGGCCAGUGUCUAACGGACCAUCACCAGAAGAGUUGGAGCAACAGAGACGAUUGGAACAGCAGAGACUUGAGCAACAGGAGAGAGAGCGACAGGAGCGAGAACGCCAAGAAUGGGAACGGCUGGAGAGAGAACGAAUGGAGAGAGAGCGGCUGGAGAGAGAACGCCAGGCUGCUUCAGUAAUCAUACCUCCUGCACCGCCUUUGGCUCCUGGAGGCCCCCCAGCACCUCCUGGACCCCCUCCUCCUCCUGGGCCACCCCCACCUCCAGGUCCUCCACCUUCAGGGGGUCCUCCAUCUUCAGGUGGUGCUCCUCCUCCGCCUGCACCUCCACUUCCCUCUCCUUCUGGUGGGGGCGGAGGCGGGGGUCCCGGGGGUGGCGGUCUUGCAGCUGCACUCGCAGGAGCCAAACUUCGCAAAGUACCGAAGCAGGACGAUGGUGGUAGUGCACCGCCUGCUGCUGCUCCAGCUCCAGCUCCUGCAGCACCCAAACCGGACACCAACCGCACCAGUGCCGUGCCCAGUGGUGGGGGCCUGAUGGGCGAAAUGAGUGCCAUUCUGGCCAGACGGAGGAAAGCUGCAGAUAAAGGAGAGAAAGCACCUCCAGCGCCAAAAUCAGAACCAGAGCCCAGUAACGACGAUUCUGAUGCUCAGGGCCAGACUGACACGCUAAGAAAACCAUGGGAAAAAUCAGCCACCAUUCCAAGGAAUAGUUCUGUUCCUCGAGGGCUGGAAUCCCCCUCCUUCACCAUGAGCCCCAGGCUGAAAGCUGCAGCUUCCACUAACGAUAUGGAGAGCGGAGAAUCCGAGUCCGAGCUGGAGAGAAUCAAACAAGAACUGCUGGAGGAAGUGAGGAAAGAGCUGCAAAAAGUAAAGGAUGAAAUCAUUGGAGUGUUUAUUCAGGAAUUACAGAAGAGGGGCUCCACAUAGACCUCCAACAUCAGACACACUCCUUCAGUUAACAGCCCAGGGAUAAACACACACAAACACACACACACACACACACGUGCAAAACCCAGGGACUUCCUCCACUGCUGGGCUCCAUUCUGACGAUGAUUUUAGUUCUUAUUGUUUAUUUUCUUAUUUUGCUUCUGCCUCCAUUUAUCUUUCCUCAUUAAACACAACGUUCUAUCUCUAUCUCUCUCUCUCUAUAUACCUCUAUCUCUCUCUAUUUCUCUCCAUUUUUUCUUCUUUCUUCUCACCACACACUCAAACUCUCACACAAACACACACACACACACCAAUAAUGAGCUGUGUUUCUCCAUGUGAGGAAAAAAGAGAGCAAAUCUGGAGUUCAUCUAGAACCUCAAAAAUACCAACACCACCUCUAAUAAUUGUCCGGAUACUGUAAUGUGUGUAAGUACGUGUGUGACAGUGUGAGAAAGUGUGAGCCAAUUCAUUCACCGGCUAUCGCACUGGCAGCCUGCAGGGGGCCGGAGAAGGACAGGCGCUACAGUCCUCUACACGCAACCAUGCUACCAUGUGGCUAAUAACUGAUAGAAGUCACUGGGCAUCAGUUAGCAUGGUAAAAUUUGCAUGUUCAUUGGUGGCCCUUGACUUGUGUUCAUUAUUAGCGUUUUGUGUUAGCUUUUUGGGCCAAACUGUUCCUUUAAAGAGAGACAUGUUAGACUUGUAAGACUUUACUUUACUGUUGGGCAGUGUUAGCUAGUGAGGCUACACAACAGCUACAUGAGCUUGUUGUUUCAGCUCCUUCGUCUUUAAUGAAAGAUUGGGUUCACACUACACAAUUUUAGGCCUCUUUUUACAGCCGACAAAGGCUUAAAAUUGUUCAGCGCUUGUUUAAUCGCUAUGCGAAGAAGAGUUUGCCAAGUGAUUGCUGAUGCCUCGUAAGCUCCAGACAAAUAUCCAGCAGGUUAGAUAUCUGGACUUGGCAGUGACUAGUGGUGGGAAUCACAGGGAAUCUCAGUAUACAGUAUUAAAACAAUGCACAAGAACGAUGAUAUCAUGAUACUGUCAUCCUACGAUACUUGAUAUAUUGCAAGACAAUUUUUUAAUGAUACUUUACAGCAUCUUAGUUACUUAAGAGGAUAAAAUACUCCUAAAUAAGCAAAUACUAGGAAUAGUGGAUAUGGAUUGAAAACCAAUAUUCCUUACUACUGGUUUUCCCCUAUUGUUUGAUUAGCGCCACCACAUGGAGUAACGAAGCCGUAACUUUAGUACGUCAAAUUUGGGGGUUUAGAGAUACUAUGUUUCAAUUAUUAUAUAAUAUCCAUAUUUGAUGCCACUUAUCGAUAAUACAUUGCAAACGAAAAUUAUACAGUAUAUUGUAAUAUUGAUAUUGGGUCCCUCCCCUUUUGACUCACUGCAAGAGCAAAUGAGAGUGAAAACAUGGGCUGAGGAGAAAGCCAUGGGUAGCCUUCAUCCAUUUUCUCAUCCAUACUCUUUCCCCUUUCUUUUGUGUGUUUUUGCUACAAAUCAGCACACAAACAAUUUAAGUCUCUCAAUGUAAAAUACAGAAAAAACUUGUCUUGCGCAUAGCAUCACAUCAGUUCUUGUUAGUGUUUUCGUGACAAAUCAUGCAUUUAGAGACCAGACAGGCUUGGGUGUGUUCCUCCUGGUGAGAGAUCAUGUUAUUUGUGACCUUGUGUGGUUGUGUGCAAACUAAGCACACUAAGGUACAGCAAUCAAACCCUGAAAAUCGUGUAGUGUGAACCUGAUAUAAAGAGUGCACAGCCAAUCACCCAUCUGUGUGAUGGAAAAUAAUGUUUGGCACUUGCGUGUCAAUUUUGGACAAUGGUUGGCAGGGGUUAACAUGGGCAAUCUGCAGGUACCCCAAACGCUGGAGGGGCACUGUACUGUAUGCUGUGAACCUCCUGCAAUCAUCAGUAACAUCAGUAAACUUUUCUGUAGAACACAAGCCCCUGUUGGUUCUGCCCAGAUCAGUAGGUCUCCUUUUACCUCUUUGCCAAUUGAUGGUCUGAACCACCCUGGACCAUCUUUGGUAGGUACUCUCAGCUGCACCCACCGAUAAUCCGCUUGUUCACGAUUACUGUCCAACAGAGAUCCCAGAACGUCACAUUCUCCACUCUUGCCACCUAUUCUGUGAGCAUUUAUAAACAUUUAUAAAGGCUAACUGUCACCAAAAAAAUGCUGCUUUACUCAAUUUUAGGGCAUUUUAGCUCAGUGUCACUACAACAUUCACUACAUUCAAAACAACCGUUAUUGGAAGAAGCCUCUAUAAAUGUUCAUAGGAGUUAUGACAGGUUUAUGUAGGUGUCCUUUAGCCUUAUGAAAGCUGACCAUCAGUAAAACUGCCCUUUAAUCAGUGUUUCAUGUGUGUAUUUACAUUUCUGGACCACUCUGUGCCCAGCCAUUGCCAUUCUCUGCCCACCACUUUCCCAGACUAUAGCUUUAAUUAGAUCUGUCAUUUUUUUUAUAUAUAUAUUUUCUGAUGAAACCGAUGAGAAGCAGAAUGGCCAUGAUCGUGUUUGUUUUGGCCGUGCCAAACUGCCUUGGAAAAUACAUAUGAAUUUAUAUAUAUAUUUGAAUAUAUAUAUAUAUUUGUUUUGAGGGAAUAUGUUAGAAAAUUUGAGAACUUUUUCUAUUUUAAUUGAGAUGAUUGGUGAUUGGGUUUUGUUUGUGAUUUCUCAUGUUUUUGGGGUUUUUCUGUUUUCUAUAGAAUAUUAAAGGCUUUUUACACUGAAAUCUGAAGAAAUGUGCUUUAGAGAGACACUGGAUUAGAAAUGCCUUUAUAGUUAAAUACAGCUGCUGCUGCUCAGACUGUC